AUGAAUUCGAUUCUUAAAGAGGGGUAUUUGGGUACACUUCACGAUUCGGUGAAGCUAGUACUGGAUGUUGUUUCUAUAUUUUCCGAGAUUUUGAAGGUGCUCAAUGAAGCGGUUGUUGCGCUGAUGUGGCAUUCAAUAACGUUAGAGCGAGAAGAUUUGGAAAAAUUUAAAGCGUUGAAAGUUGUUGUGCGGAUCGGGACGGGCAUUGACAACAUUGACGUUAAAGCAGCAACCGAUCUUGCGUUGAAAGUUGUUGUGCGGAUCGGGACGGGCAUUGACAACAUUGACGUUAAAGCAGCGACCGAUCUUGGAAUUGCUGUAUGUAACACACCCGGUGAUUGUGUUGAAGAAGUAGCCGAUACAACGAUGUCACUGGUCUUGAAUAUGUACAGGAAGACGUUUUGGUUAGCCAAAGCAGUUUCUGAAGGCAAAAAGGUUAGUGGCGUGGAGCAAGUGCGUGAAUUGGCCAGUGGUAGUACACGUAUUCGGGAUGAUACGUUGGGUAUAAUUGGCCUUGGCAGGGUCGGUACAGCGGUUGCGUUACGUGCCAAAGCAUUCGGCUUCAAAAUUUGCUUUUUCGAUCCACAUUUGCCAGAAGGUGUCGAUAAGUCGCUGGGCAUCGAGCGUUGUUACAAUCUGGACGAUAUGCUCUUCAAAGCCGAUUGUCUUACGCUUCACUGUCCGCUGACCGACGAAACAAGACACAUGAUCAACGAUAUGACAAUCAAACAAAUGCGACCCGGUGCAUUUAUUGUGAACACAUCCAGAGGUGGUCUUAUCCAGGAAAGUGCACUGGGCGAGGCAUUAAAGUCGGGUCAUAUCAAAGCGGCUGCGUUGGAUGUCCAUGAGCAUGAGCCCUUCGAUCCACUUACUAUGGGUAACUUUUUUUAUGCUUCAUUCAUAUAUAUGUAUAUAUACAUAUACAUAUGUAUAUGUAUGUAUAUAUAUAUAUAUAUACAUACAUAUAUAUAG